AUGGCCGACGACACAUCGUACAUGUCCUUUCUAAACAAAGCCAAUGCUUACGAGCCCAAAUCAGCAGUUCAAGAGACCACAUCAACCUCUCAAGGCCGGUCCAAAUUCGACCCCACCAGCACAGGUUCUGCCUCAGCCGCACCAAAAGCAAUCGCAGAACUACUCUCCUCAACACAACCUCACUACACCUCGGAGACAGAUGCCCCCUUCGAGCCCUUCUUUGCACCCUACUCCGGCAAGAGCCUGCCAUCUGCGGCUGACUUCGUAAAGUCUCUGGGAACGACCGGCUCCAGCGACAUAGAGGAGCUCACCGCGGAUGACUUCAAUCCAAAAGGCCAGUAUAGCAAUGUCAUUGACGCUGUGAAAGCUUCCGGUGAUGGAAACAUCAAGGUCUAUCGACUAGAGGUCAGCAGCACGAGGGCGGUGUAUUUCAUUGUCACUCUCGCCGAGGGAGAGUCCAAGCUGGUGGGACUUAAGGUGGAAAGUGUCGAGAGCUAA